AUGCAUUUCCUUUCAGCAUUGGUUGUGCUUGGUGCCUCGCUGGCAAACGCAGCCAUCGGACCUGAUUGUGCCAAUGGCCCAUUAAAGGACAACAAAAUCUGCGAUGUGACCGCCGCACCCGCAGAGAGAGCUGCGGCUCUAGUCGAGGCUAUGCAGACAAACGAGAAGCUUGACAAUCUCAUGAGAGGUGUUACCCGACUAGGCCUUCCAAAGUACAACUGGUGGGGAGAAGCACUUCAUGGUGUAGCUGGAGCACCUGGUAUCAACUUUACUGGAGCUUACAAGACUGCAACAUCCUUUCCCAUGCCGCUGCUGAUGUCGGCUGCAUUCGACGACGAUCUCAUCUUCAAGAUCGCCAACAUCAUUGGCAACGAAGCGCGAGCAUUCGGCAACGGAGGUGUAGCUCCAGUAGACUUCUGGACCCCCGACAUCAACCCGUUCCGAGACCCGCGUUGGGGCCGUGGCUCAGAGACGCCCGGCGAAGACAUAGUCAGGAUCAAGGGCUACACCAAGCAUCUCCUCGCUGGUCUCGAAGGCGACAAACCCCAGAGGAAAAUCAUUGCUACGUGCAAGCAUUAUGUUGGCUAUGACAUGGAGGCCUGGGGUGGUAUUGAUCGCCACAGCUUCAAUGCCAAGAUCAAUAUGCAAGACCUGGCCGAGUACUAUAUGCCACCCUUCCAACAGUGUGCACGCGACUCCAAAGUUGGCUCAUUCAUGUGCUCAUACAAUGCCGUAAAUGGCGUACCCACGUGUGCUGAUACAUACGUCCUACAAACAAUUCUGCGUGAUCACUGGAACUGGACGGAGAGCAACAACUACAUUACCAGCGACUGCGAAGCUGUGAAGGACAUCUCACUCAAGCACAAAUACGCCAAGACGAAUGCUGAGGGUACUGGUUUAGCUUUUACUGCUGGUAUGGACAACAGCUGCGAGUACACAGGUUCCUCAGACAUCCCUGGAGCAUUCAACCAAUCGUACCUCAGCAUUCCGACCAUUGACAGAGCGCUUAAGAGACAGUAUGAGGGUCUAGUGCGCGCUGGCUACUUUGAUGGUGCUGCAGCCACUUAUGCCAAUCUGGGUGUGAAGGACAUCAACACGCCAGAAGCACAACAGUUGUCCCUCCAAGUCGCUUCGGAGGGACUUGUCCUGCUAAAGAACGACGACACACUUCCACUGUCUCUCACCAAUGGCUCCAAGGUCGCAAUGCUCGGCUUCUGGGCCAACGAUACCUCGAAACUCUCUGGAAUCUACAGUGGCCCUGCUCCUUACCUGCGCUCGCCGGUGUGGGCAGGCCAGAAGCUCGGUCUCGACAUGGCUAUCGCCAGUGGCCCUAUUUUGCAGCAGUCAAACUCGUCUACCCGGGAUAACUGGACGACGAACGCCCUCGCCGCAGCUGAGAAGUCCGACUACAUCUUGUACUUUGGCGGUCUCGAUCCCUCCGCUGCUGCCGAGGGAUUUGACCGCAAUAGCAUCGCCUGGCCCACCGCACAAGUCGACCUGAUCAAAAAGCUCGCAGCCAUCGGCAAGCCCCUUGUUGUUCUUGUUCUCGGCGACCUGAUGGACAACUCUCCUCUCCUCGAGCUUGAUGGCGUUAAUUCCGUUAUCUGGGCCAACUGGCCUGGCCAAGAUGGCGGCUCGGCAGUCAUGCAAGUCGUCACCGGUGCCGUCGCAGUCGCAGGCCGUCUUCCCAUCACACAAUACCCAGCGAACUACACUGAGCUCAGUAUGUUGGAUAUGAACAUGCGCCCCAGCAGCAGCAGUCCCGGCCGCACGUAUCGCUGGUUCAACGGCGCUGUGCAACCAUUUGGCACAGGACUUCAUUACACCACCUUCGAUGCCAAAUUCGCGGCAAAUUCUACCAUUGAGUACGACAUCAGCAACAUCACAAAAGAGUGCACAAAUCAAUACCCCGACACAUGCUCAGUUCCCAGCAUCCCCGUGGCCGUGACGAACUCGGGAAACCGCACAUCUGACUUCAUCGCUCUGGCAUUCAUCAAAGGCGAAAACGGUCCCGCGCCGUACCCGCUCAAGACGCUGAUUAGCUACACGCGCGUGCGGGACGUUAAGGGCGGCCAGACGAAGAGCGCGGAGAUGCAGUUGACGCUGGGAAAUUUGGCGAGGGUGGAUCAGAUGGGUAAUACAGUGUUGUAUCCGGGCGAAUACACUGUGUUGUUGGAUGAGCCGACGAACGCGGAAGUCAAGAUUGUGGUCAAGGGUGAGGAGACGAUAUUGGAUAAGUGGCCGCAGCCGCCUGCGGACAGGCAGUAAGGUUUCGUUACUUCGAUCAAUGAGCAACACUUUGAACACAAUUAAUUGUUAAUGCUGAUG